GUUGCAAUUCUCCAUUAAGAUAUCAGAAUCUGAAGAAAUAAAGAUGCGGCCGAUAUUAAUGAAAGGGCAUGAGAGGCCUCUGACUUUCCUCAAGUAUAAUAGAGAUGGAGAUCUUCUUUUCUCCUGUUCUAAAGAUGACACACCCACCGUAUGGUUUGCUGAUAAUGGCGAACGAUUGGGCACUUACAGUGGCCACAAUGGUGCUGUUUCUUGCUGCGACCUUUCAAGGGAUUCAACACGUUUGAUUACAACGAGUGCAGACUGCUCAGCUAAGCUUUGGAAUGUACAAAGUGGAGAAGCUCUUUUCACUUUUAACUUCAAUUCAACUGCUAGAUCUGUAGACCUUUCUGUUGGUGAUAAGCUUUGUGUAAUCACCACGGACCCAUUUAUGGACGUGGCUUCUGCUAUCCACGUAAAGCGAAUUGCUGCGGAUCAUCAUGAUCAGGAUGGUGAAUCUGUUCUUGUACUUAAAGGACCUAAAGGAAGAAUAAACAGAGCAAUAUGGGGACCUUUAAACCACACAAUCAUCAGUGCUGGUGAAGAUGCUGUUAUUAGAAUUUGGGAUGCAGAAACUGGAACGUUGCUAAAAGAAAACAAAACGGAAGUUGGGCAUAAUAAUGCAAUUACAUCACUUGCCAAGUCGGCUGAUGCCUCACACUUUCUCACUGGCUCGCUAGAUAAAUCAGCAAAGCUCUGGGAUAGCAGAUCGUUGGAAUUGAUCAAGACAUAUCUUACUGACAGUCAUGUCAAUGCUGUUGCGAUGUCUCCACUUCUUGAUCAUGUGGUGCUUGGAGGUGGUCAGGAUGCAUUAUCUGUUACGACAACCGAUCAUCGUGCUGGUAAAUUUGAAGCCAAGUUUUAUGAUAAGAUUUCCCAAGAAGAAAUUGGAGGUGUAAAAGGACAUUUUGUCCCAUAAAUGCUUUGGCAAUCAAUCCUGAUGGUCAAAGUUUCUCAAGUGGGGGUGAAGAUGGGUAUGUGAGAUUGCAUCACUUUGAUGCAGACUAUUUCAGGAUCCCAUCAUUAACAUCAAG